AUGAUCAUGAUCGUAUACAAAGCUUUGCUUGUCUUGGUGGCAGGUGUCACAAACGCACAGGUGCAGUCAACAAUUAGUUCUAGUCUUUCGCCAACAACAACAGCCGCGGCACCGGCUUUCACGUACGACCGUGAGAAUUUCCUGCUCCAUGGCGAACCUUACAAAAUCAUCGGUGGGCAGAUUGACCCGCAACGCAUUCCUUACCAAUACUGGAGAGAUAGAUUGUCCAAAGUCAGAGCCAUGGGUGUUAACACCAUCUUCUCUUAUGUCUUCUGGAACAACCUAGAGCCUACGCAGGGCAGCUGGCUUUCGGAUGAUCCGCAAAACGACAUAGCAAGCUAUUUCAGUAUCGCGCAAGAAGAAGGCUUGAAUGUCGUAUUACGCCCAGGCCCGUACAUAUGCGGUGAACAUGAAUGGGGAGGCUUCCCAGCUUGGUUGAGUGAGAUACCAGAGAUGGUUGUGCGUACCAACAACACACCGUUCCUAGAGGAGACCAAGAGGUACAUUGUGAACCUUGCGGAGAGGUCUGGUUUAGCUGAGCUCCAAGCUUCUCGUGGCGGUCCCAUUCUCAUGGUCCAAGUUGAGAAUGAGUAUGGCUCAUUCGAUGAAAACCACAACUAUACUGCUGCUCUGCGGGAUAUUCUCCGGGAGAGUUUCGAAGUGCCUCUCUAUACCAAUGAUGGUGGCGUCGACUGGACACUUGAAGGUGGCGAGAUACCCGGUGUUCUUGCCGAGGUUGAUGGAGGGUCUUGGGCUUUACCGGCACGAGAUCUAUACAUCACUAAUCCGACAGAACUCGGCCCAUUACUGGAUGGAGAGUAUUACACAUGGGCUCCAGACCAAUGGGGCUCCUUCAAUCCCCACAACACGACGGUUGACAACAACGAAACUGUCUCCGGAUUCGUAAGCGACAUUGCUUACCAUUUGAACAACUAUUCUGCAUCAAUCAGCUUUUAUAUGGUACAUGGGGGUACCAACUUUGGCUUUCAGAAUGGCGCUAUGUGGCAGAAUCGGACAACGGUUUUCACUUCAUCGUACGACUAUGGCUCCCCAAUAGACGAGACCGGACGCACAACCGACUUAUACUUCAAGAUGCGUGAGGCUAUUUUACCAUUUGUGCCAAAUGGUAGUGUUCCAGAGCCGCCAGAAAAUCUGCCAAGAACAUCGAUUCCAGAGUUCGAGUUGUGCUCGAGCACUAGCUUAUUCGACAUCCGUGGAGAGAAGGUUAGUUCGGCUUUUCCUCUCACCAUGGAAGCACUUGGGCAGUCGUACGGAUUUACCCUCUAUGAGCAUAUCGUAACCUCAAGCAUCGAAGGUUUCGUCCAAGCUGGUGACAGACCGCGAGAUCGUUUACUAGUCUAUGUGAAUGAAAAAGUAAUCGGAGUGAUGGACAGCCAAUACCAGCAUCCACUGAAUGUCAGCGUCUCACUGGAGCCCGGCGAUAAGCUCCAGCUACUUGUCGAGAACCUCGGGCGUGUUGACUACUAUUCAAGAGGCAAUCCCUAUAGAAACUAUGUCCAGGACCCAUGGAAAGGAGUCAAAGGAAACGUAUCUAUUGGAGACCAAGUAAUAUUGGCGGGUUGGGACAUGUAUUCUCUGCAACUCGAUUCCUUACCAUCUUUUGGAUGCAGCGGAUCAGAAUACCCAGUUGAGCCCGUAUCAGAUUCGCCAGUCUUUUACUAUGGUUCGUUCGUUGGACCGUCCAUUUCCCACAAUUCGACAAUGACGCUCGACACUUUCAUCACAGUGCCACACGGAAUCAAAGGAAACGUGUGGGUCAACGGGUUUCACCUCGGUCGGUACUGGCUUGUAGGACCGCAACAGUCUCUGUAUCUGCCGGGCUCGGUAGUCAAAUCCGAGGAACAGAACGAGGUGGUCGUGUUGGAGUUAGAGCCAUGGCAGAUGAACUCAACCUCGAUGGUUGCAUAUGGUGCAUCGGAGAGAUUCUGGGGCAACAGCCCUGAUCCGGACUGCUUAGUUUGUGUUUAA